AUGGAGGGCCCCGCCGCCGCGGCGCCCCCGCCCGCCCCCGCCCCCGCCCACCCGACCGUGGCCGACGUGGUGGCGGCAACCCACGUCGGGGCCAAGCGGCGGCGGGCGGGCCUCGCACCUCCUCCUGCCGCCUCCUCGGCUCCCGCCCCGGCCACCGUCACCGCCCCGGCGCCCGCCCCGGCCACCAAGAAGAGCCGGCCGAAGGCGGCCUCUCAUGGGCCGCGAGGGGCGGCCUCCAAGGUCGCCGGCUCGUCCCCGGCCGUGACCAAGCCGCGGAAGAAGCCCGCGCAGCGGAACAAGCCCGCGGCCCCGCCCGCCGCCGUCGCCGAACCUCCUCCCGCCGCGCACGAGGUGUUCGAGGAAAUGGCAACCCCAUCCUCGUUCAUGGACCUCCUCCAAAACGCGGAGGUGGACCUCGGAGCUCCGCCCCUAGACCCCUUUAGGGUUGGUGACGACUUGGAGGAAAAGGAGGAAGAUGAGGAGGAUGAAGGGGAUGACGAGGAGGAGGUGGCCGAGAUAGGGGAGGAGGCAUUCACCGCCGCUUCCCGCCCACACGCGCGGUCGACAAACUACACCGAGGUAUGGAAAGAACUCAUGGUGGAAGAGAAAGAGCACAUUAUGAUGUCCAAGAAGGACAUGGAUCAAGACCAAUUGCAAUGGUGGAAGGACACCAAGGAGGACAUCGCAGAGAGGAAGAGGAUGUUCCGUGUUGCGUCCUCUACUUUUCGAGGUGACACUCCGAUGAGUAGUUGUGGUGAUGGCGGUGUGUACGACUCCACCGGUGCCGAUGGAGAUGCUUGA